AUGCAGUCAUCUACAUCAGAUACCGAUGGGGAGGGCAGUGCGAGCAGCAGCUGUAGUAGUAUGUUGCCGUUGUCUUCGAAUGGUGGCGACGAUGGGAGGCUCAAACACCGCGAUGAAUUAGAUGCUUGGCAAGAGUUGGUGUCAUCUGAUCUCAACGCGCUAACAGCUCAGGAACGAUCUGAAGCACUCGAAGACAUUCACUGCGUCGGGGGAGAGAUUCAAGAAACGGAAGAGAUGAUGGACCAAUUGCUCGCUCAGUUUGAUCGACUAGUCCAACAAGAACAAACUCCAAUCUAUGCACAAAUUGCAAGACAGAACCAAUUCUAUGUUGAAGAUCCUUCGUUUCGGUUGCGCUUUCUGAGGUGCAACAGCUAUAAUGUUCAGCCAUCGGUUCGUCAAAUGAUGGCUUUUCUUGAGCACAAGGUAGUAUACUUUGGAGAGGACAAGGCUACUCGGGACAUUACUCUGAAUGACUUGACUACAGAGGAAAACGAUCUUCUGUUAUCUGGAGUAUUUCAUAUUCAGAAGGACGGAGACCGGUCGGGACGAUUGGUAGUACAUAUCAUGACACACAUGCUUGAAAGUUGGAGAGUUGAAACGCUGAUCCGCGCGGCCCAUUAUAUGUGGAACUCUGUCAUACUACCUCACCCCACCGCCCAAUUACGUGGAGUUGUGGCAAUUCUCUAUCACGGCUCGGCGGACUCGAAAAAACAGGUUCUGAUACCCGAUUCCAACCUCAUCAUUUUAUUGAUGCAAGCUUUGAUUUCGUUUCCCCUUCGAUACUCUGCAAUGCACAUUUGCCUGAAGCCUCGAACCCAACACCUAACAUCUUUGAACGGUGCUACUUCCGAUCAAGCAAUGAAUAUCCUCCCGCGUUACAUACGAGUCAGGACACGCCUUCACUUUGGCACUGAUGCAUCACUGCAAGACAACCUUCGAAGUCAUGGUGUCUUGUCAGAAACUCUUCCAGUCGAUUCGUACGGCAAUGUUCGGGACGAAAUAUUGAACCAUUGGUUCUAUGAGCACCAAUCCAGCGCACUCGGUUCGAUUCAACUAAUUGGUGACACUUUGUCAGAUGAUUCGCGCUCUAAUGCGAAAAUGUGCAGUAUGAAGACUUCAUCUGAAAACGAAUCCGAUGCUUCAGACUUCUUACAUCUUUUUGAUGACGACAAUGGAGGUAUGGGUCGAGACAAAAUGGCUUCGACGACAAAACUAGCAGCACACACCAAUGUAUCCACGAAACAGAAGUUGCCAGUCGGCGCCGAUGCAAAUGAUAUCUUGCUUGGUCGUGGAUGGCGAGUCCAGCAUCACGAGGGUAAUGUCCGCUUCCGUGCUCUUCUCGAGAGACACUGCGAUGCGUACGAUGCCUCCCCGAGACUCAAGAAACGACAGCUGGUCGGAAACUUGGUCCGUUCAAUUCAAGGGAAAGGUAUGCGCUUUCUGAAACAAGCGUCAAGUGGCGAAUGGAUUGACAGUACCCAUGAAGAUGCCGCGAAAAAAGUGAGCCAGCUUUUUAGAACGAUAAGGAAAAAUCGCCAAGGGGACCCUACGGGACGGGCACGGUCUGACAAAAGGACAAAAAGUAGGAACAGUAAGACAUAA